AUGGGUUCUCCUGACUAUUAUAAGUCUCAUUCAUCCCCACGUGUUCCAAUGCUAUUGGUUCUCUUCUUCCUCGUGAUCAAUAUCACCCCAUCUUUGGCUCAAGACACCCAACAACUGAUCGAUCAUAUUUGCAGGCAGAUGGAGGAGUUUGGGUUUUGCAGCCAAACUUUCAAGGAGAAUUUGAAGUCUCCAAACGCUGAUAUUGUUGACCUCACCCAAAUAACCAUAGAGCGCGCCACAGACAAUGCCACCAAGACAUACGACUUUAUCAGGCAGGUGCUUGGCAACACAAACGACCCUGCACUCAAAAAUGCUCUCACAGAAAGUGAGAAUGGUUACCGUGUGGUGAUGGAGUCGUUUGACUCGGCUGCGCUGUCAUUUUUCCAGAAGGAUUCCGAGAGUGUGCAGAGGUAUGAGACUGUGACACCGAGGGCUGAGGCCAGCUGCGAAGACUCACUCAGCACACCGCCUAACACCCAGAACCCUCUUACUAAUAAAACUAGGCAGAUGAGGAUUUUGAUUGCUAUGGCUUUGGUUUCUUUGCAUGACCUAAUGGCUACCCAGCACAACUAG